UGUUCUCAGUUACCAGCCGUUGAAAUGGUUGUCUUCACCUCCCAGCAACCUCCAAUUGAUCUACCAACGGAUCUUACCGAUUGGGAUUGGCUGUUCGACUCUCCAUUCUCUCCCAUCAACAAGAAUCCUCGCUCGUCACUCGCUGGUUUCCAGAAUGCCGUAACAAAAGAGCGUGUAGAUUGGGUCGACGUCAAAAAAUAUUCAACAUACAUAUCCACGGCCCUUGUCAAGAACUAUGGCCUUUCCGAAGGCCAGACUAUCUCGUUGUUCAGCCAAAAUACAGUAUGGUACCCGGUCGCCAUGUUUGCGGGUCUUAGGGCAGGGGCAAAAAUAUCAGGAGCAAGUCCAGCUUAUAACACCGAGGAAAUGACCUUUGCGUUGAAAACUGCAGAUGCGAAGUUCCUUAUGACCACACCGGCAAGUAUCGAGGUGGCGAAAGAAAGUGCAGAGGCAGCAGGAUUGCCCAAAAGUAAUGUCAUUUUGCUUGAGGGGGAACUGGAGGGAUAUAUCACUCUGAAGGAGCUCAUCGAAAUGGGCAAGCGACAUGGUGAGGCAGGUCAGACGCCGGCCUUCAAACUUCCAGCUGGAAAGAAGAACAGGGACGUGUGCGGAUUUCUAUCGUUUUCCUCUGGGACCACAGGCUUGCCGAAAGCUGUUAUGAUCAGCCAUCAGAAUGUCAUUGCCCAAUGCCUACAGGUGCAACAGCUUACCCCAAAAACGCAGAAGAAGAUUAUGGCAGUACUUCCAUUGUUCCACAUCACGGGGCUGGUUCAUCAGAUGCAUCUUCCGGUGCUCUUGAAUGCUGAGGUGGUGAUGCUUCCACAGUUUACCAUGGAAGGCAUGCUCAAAGUUAUUGUUGAAUACAAGUUAAACGAGCUUCUCAUCGUUCCUCCGAUACUUAUCCGUAUGGUUCGAGAUCCCCUGGUCGAUAAAUACGAUCUCUCUCACGUAACGCGCUUCUCCUCAGGCGCUGCACCACUCUCAGAAGAAAUCAUCCAGCUUCUUCAAAAGAAGUUUCCCAAUACAGGGUUCAAACAAGGCUACGGCAUGACCGAAUCGUGCUCGUGUAUCACGGCCCACCCUCCAUCCAGAUUCGCAUACAAGUAUGCGCACUCUGGCGGUGCGAUAGUGGCAUCUACGGAGGUUAAGAUUAUUAAAGAGGACGGCUUCGAAGCGAACAUUGGCGAGCAAGGCGAAGUGCUGGCGAGAGGUCCGCAGAUAGUUAUGGGAUAUCUGAACAACGACAAAGCGACUCGCGAAACAUUCGACGCCGACGGAUGGCUACACACUGGCGAUCAGGGCAUGAUCGAUGCAGAGGGAAUGAUUUACAUUACGGACCGCAUCAAGGAACUGAUCAAAGUCAAAGGAAUUGGAGUCGCACCAGCCGAGCUUGAAGAUCUGCUCCUGGGACAUGACAAAGUCGAAGAUGUUGCCGUCAUGGGGGUAGACGACGAUUAUUCUGGCGAGUUUCCCAAGGCAUAUGUCAAACUAAAGGACAGCGUCAUUCCAGAUAGGAGAGUGGGACGAGAACUGAUUGCUUGGGUCAAAGAGAAGAAGGUGAGACACAAAUGGGUGCGAGAGGUGGAGUUCAUAGAUGAGAUUCCCAAGAGCGCCAGUGGAAAAAUACUCCGAAGAGUGUUGAAGAAAAAGGAGAGAAGUGGCGAAGGGAGGGGUGUCGUGGUUAAGGACGAGAGUCGGGCGAAGCUAUAGAAACAGGCCAACAAAAGAGAGCAAAGAUUGGAAUACAGAAAGCGUUACCAACCAACUAUCUUCCUCCGGUGCCAACAGAAGGCAUUAUGUCAAUAAAGUCAACCAGCCAGCCCAAUGUGUACUCAAAACAUCGUCCACAAAUAGCCUUCAGCAUUGGUGGAACAGAUUCCCGCCGCUUGUAUGGCGUACCACAACGCCAAUUCAAACAACACCAUACCUCCUCAUCUCAGCCUGCACAGCACGGUACCUCUCCCAUGCCGCUCUCUCUUCCACGGUCAGCAUCCACCUCAACUCCAAAUCCUCCCGCUCGGCAUCCAUCCUCGCCCACUGCUCUCGCUGCCACCUCUGCAUCCUCCGCCUCUCUGCGCUUUCUUCCGCAUGGCCGCCGUCACGACGAAUCCAAGCAAGCCGGCUGAGCACAUUCUCGAGGCCAUCAACGUAAAUCC